CACCUUUUCUUCUCUCUGUGACCCUACAUGCUCGGCCCCACCCGCUCUAGCCCCCAAGAUUUAUUUACUUAUAUGUUAAGUACCCUGUAGCUGUCUUCAGACAACCCAGAAGAGGGCAUCAGAUCUCAGUAAGGAUGGUUGUGAGCCACCAUGUGGUUACUGGGAUUUGAACUCAGAACCUUUGGAAGAGCAGUCAGGGCUCUUAACUAUCUAUCUAUCCAGCCCCCAUCUCUGUGCCUCUUAAAGCCUCUACCUUGACCAACACAUUAUUUCUGUGCUAUCCUAUCCCAUUUCAGACUCACAACUCUGGGUGUUUUAGUAAUUUAUGAAGUGUGCAAGCCUUCCCAGGAGCCAGCACCAGAACACCAUCACCCCGUGUGUCCCGAGUGGUCCCCCUAAUGUAGCUCUGAGCAACCGCCAGUCUCCAUCCUGUCUCUUGCAUAACUUACCCUUUCUGAUCCUUCAUAAAAGACAGCCCAGGCUGGCCUGGACUCACCAGCUGAAGAGAACCUUCAACUUCUGAUCUUCUCGCCUCUACCUCCCUAUUGCUGGGGUUACGGGUGUGCACCGCACAGUCCGGUUUUACACAAUGCUAGGAAUUGGUAUAGGGGGUGGCGUUCUCAUAGGGUCUAGGCAUUAGAAACUUGGGGAGGUAUUAUUCACGUACCACAGUUGACCUUGGAUGGUUCUCAUUGUUUUACAGAGAUGAGGAUUUAAGCACUGUCACAGUUCACACGCAUAUGGCUGUGUUCCACACCAGCAUGAGUUGGUUAAGGGCAGACUUUAUAAUGUGACUCUGGUUCCCUAAGAUUGAUUGCUUAGGCAUGAUAGCUGCCUUAGUUUAUGGAAAUACUGGACAGAAUUUCUGAACAGUGCGAUUCUCAGAUCCUGCAUGACUGUCUAGGUGCUGACUGAUGACAGUUCUGUUUAGUUUCUGUUUAGGUUUUUAGCCCUUCGUGAUCUCUUCAGGUCUCAGCAGACUUGGUGGUCUCUCUCUGCCCUUGCAUGAGGACUAUGGAGAUCUGUAGUCAGAGGGCUUGUCUCUCUGUCCCUGAGCUGUUCUCUCCCCAACUGGGAGAUGAGUGAGGGUCGUGACCUUUGACACUUGAGGACAGAAGACUGAUGAGAUCAGGUGCCCAGCGAGCAGAGCAGGGCAAACUGAAGGUGGCCGCGCUUGGUUUCACACUUAGCUGUUCUUUUAUCUGGCAGCUCCUGUGUGCUGGGCCCACACUUUGCAUACAGUCGCAGUAGAUGGAUGCUGAACAAGUAUUUGUCAGUCACACAGAUCCAUCAGAACACAGACCCAUCAGAACACAGACCCAUCAGAACACAGGUCCAUCAGAACACAGGUUCAUCAGAACACAGGUUCAUCAGAACACAGGUCCAUCAGAACAAAGGUCCAUCAGAACACAGGCCCAUCAGAACACAGGCCCAUCAGAACACAGGCCCAUCAGAACACAGGUCCAUCAGAACACAGGUCCAUCAGAACACAGGUCCAUCAGAACACAGACCCAUCAGAAUACAGGUCCAUCAGAACACAGGUCCAUCAGAACACAGGCCCAUCAGAACACAGGCCCAUCAGAACACAGGUCCAUCAGAACACAGGCCCAUCAGAACACAGGCCCAUCAGAACACAGGUCCAUCAGAACACAGGUCUAUCAGAACACAGGCCCAUCAGAACACAGGCCCAUCAGAACACAGGUCCAUCAGAACACAGGCCCAUCAGAACACAGGUCCAUCAGAACACAGGUCCAUCAGAACACAGACCCAUCAGAACACAGGCCCAUCAGAACACAGACCCAUCAGAACACAGACCCAUCAGAACGAGCAUCUGCAGGCAAAAGCCUGGCAUGCUGGGCACUUUAUUAUUUUCUUAGUCACCUCAUGUGCUGUCUGGGGUGCCCUGUGCAGUGGCUGCAUAUAGACAUGAUGUCAGUGCUGGCCACACACGUCUCUCUGUAUUCUUGGAAUGACACUGUUAGCAGAAAUUUAGGCAGCGUGUUCCCCCCUGACCUAAACGGAUGCUCUGCAGAGUGUGGUGUGCGUCAUCCGAAACAAGGAAUAUGUGGUCCAAGAAUUGCAGCAGGGAUACUUUCUGGUCCCCUUGAUUGCCUUCUUUUGUUUCAGAUUAUUACAAUGGUCUUUUUUUGUAAUUUUUUUUUUAUAUAUAGAUAGGAUCACAUGUUGCCUAGCCUGGUUUCAAACUCAGUAUGUGGCUAAGGAUGACUCUGAGCUCCUUCCCUGCCUUUACCUCCCCAAAUCUGGAGACAAAUGCAAGGAAGCCCCGCCACACCCAGUGGUGCAGUGGUAUGCUUGAACGCCACUGUUAGCAUGCCAGACAAGCACUCUACCAAAGUACAUUUGAAAUACAUUUCUAGUAAUAACAAUAAUUUUAGUAUUAUUAACAAAUAACAUCAUAAUAUAUGAAAUAUAAAAAUUAUUCCUAACUAUUAUCAUCAUCAAAACAGCAUGUGUCUCAUUCUUUUUUUUUUUAAAAGAUUUAUUAAUUUAUUAUAAAUAAGUACACUGUCACUCUCUUCAGACACACCAGAAGAGGGCAUCAGAUCUCAUUACGGAUGGUUGUGAACCACCAUGUGGCUGCUGGGAAUUGAACUCAGGACCUCUGGAAGAGCAGUUAGUGCUCUUAACUGCUGAGCCAUCUCUCCAGCCCCCACAUUUCUUAUUCUAAUUCCUGAAUUAUGUUUUAUUUUAAUUUUUUGAGAUAGUUUUAGGAACCCAGGCUGACUUUAAACUUGCUGUGUAGUGCAGCUUGGUCUCGAACACCUUCCUCCUGCGUAUACAUAGGUCCAGAAAGCUGAGGUUCACAGGAAUGUAUCACAAAACUUGCUCCUGGGUUGGACUUCACUUCCGUGUCUGCACAGUGACUGUCAGUGAGAAAUCAGAAGCUGUGAAUCCGCAGCUUCAUCCUUUUGGGGCAGUUCUGUUUGAGACCUGACUUGGUGCUUUUAUACUUUUGUGUGCUCUGAAAUAGGAAAACAAAUUGUUUAGGACUUUGAAGGGCUCUUGUUAAACUUACAGGUGUAAGUGUGUGUGUAUGUGUGUGUGUGUGUGUGUGUAUACACAUGAGCCUAUGUGUAUGCACACCUGUGCCUGAGUGUUUACACACAUGUGCUUCAUAGCACUACCUUAUUAUCAGGUAAGUAAUAAAAACUAAUAUUUUAAAAGGGGGAAUGAUUGAAUCCCAGCGAGUCUUCUGUAAGAUAGAUUGUGCCCCCAAAUGGGCCUCCUCCUGGUGAGAUCUAAAAGCUGAUGAAACCCUUUCUUCUAGGC